GUAUAAAUAAGUUCCCGGUUCGCGGUAUCAAAAGAGAACAAUAUCCCCACAUUCACCUUGAAUAUUAUCAAGCAUCAUCCUCCACUGCCAACAUCACGAUGUCUCAUGAGACUCAAUCAUCGACGCUCGCUACAUUGCAUCUUCUGACUCAGACGUUGAGCCAGGGAUCAGUUAUCACACCGGAUGAUCCGUCAUACAAGCUUCACUCGGAGCCGUUCGCCAUUCAAAAGCAGCUUUACCCGUCAGUGGUUCUCGUUCCAAGCACCAUCGAAGAGCUUUCCUCUAUUGUGCGUUUUUUAUACUCCUCGAGCUUAGAGUUUGCUAUCCGCGGUCAUGGAUUCAAAUCACCUUCCGCCAAAGAUGUAAUCAUUAGCAUGCUGAACUUCAAGAGCCUGGAGUAUGACUCAAUCAGAAAGAUUGCUACAGUUGGCGCCAGUGCGACUUGGGAAGAGGUAGUGGGGUUCAUGGAACAAGUUGACCCCGAGUACUCAGUACCUGCGGCCCGGACACCUAGCAUUGGAGUCACGGGAUCCAUCCUGAAUGGUGGCCUUUCCUGGGUGUCCUCCGAGUAUGGUGGCAUCAGCGAUCCCAUCAACUUCCUGGACGCAGAAGUCGUCAAGUACGACGGCAAAGUUGUCAUGGCAUCUCAGGAGCCAGGUCUUCUCUGGUCCCUACGGGGCGGUGGCGGCGGCUUUGGCAUCGUAACCAAGGUUCUUCUCCGAGCACAUCCAUAUCCAACUGACAUCUGGUCGGGGAUUGUGCUACUGCCUCGUCAUCUCCUAGCGCAGAUGAUUGACGAGGUGCUCAAGUUCAAUCACUCUACGCCCCAUCCCAAGGUCAACUACUUCAUGUACUUGAUGCCCCAGCAAUUGCUGCAUACCGUUCUGGAGACACCUGAGCCCGAUAUUGGCGACAUGGUCAUCUUCCAUGUGUACGACGCCUUGGGUGAAGAGCAUGGUCGGGCUACGUUCCGCUGGGUUCUUGAAAAGCCCGGGGCAAUUGACCGGACAAGGGUAACCAACAUGAAAGGCGUUCUCAACAUGCAAAGAAAUGCAAACGUCAUGCGAGGCACAAUGAAGACGCUUUACGCGCCAAUGGCAGUGUCCGAUUUGGAUCGCGUCACAAUCACGCGAGCGAUUGAAGUCUAUGACAACAUAGCGAAGCUAGACCAGACUAUUCACGACAUGUCUUCAGUUAUUUUCGAGUUCUUGUUGCUUCGACCCCCAAUUGGCGGUACGGCAGAGGUUGCAUGGCCACGAUCCAACAACUUGAACCACCUUCUGCUUUUUAUCAUAAGCUGCCCGGGGAGUGGCACAGACGAACAAGAGAGACUCAUUCGUCAAAUCUCGAACGAUGCGCCUGGUCAGGUUUUGGGCCCAGAAACUCGGGCGGAAGUCAAUCCUGCUGGGCUCGAGCCAUCCUACCACGACGUGAAAGGGGUAUACCGGGAGCAUUAUGAGAAGUUGGUGGAGUUGCGGCGUCUUUAUGAUCCCAAAAAGCGCUUUCAAUCGUUCUUCUAAGUAGCUUCUUCGGGCAACUUUAAGCAAUCAUGUUGUCUGUGAAGAGAAUUCAAGUCUUUCUCAAGCUCAGUUGACCUCUAUCUUCACUAAUGUGACACGUUCACGGGGCAGAUUUAGGGAGAACUAAUACUACUUCAGUCAAGCCCCAUGAUCGAAAUUUCGUGCACGUAAGUCCACAAAUUGAAACUUCUCAUAUUUUGAAGAAAAAUAUGAGGUGCAGAAGAUACUACUAGAUGAACACAUACGGAAGUGAGAGCUCUCCGCUGUGAAUAACUGAGUAGUGCUCUACUGAGUC